AUGGACGUCGAAAAGCAUUCUCUCGAGAAAGACCUGGCCUUUGAGCACAUUGAAGCAACGAAUGAAUCUCGCAACCCAGUACCGGAGAUCCUACGCGGUCACACACCUGAGCAACUCAAAGCUCUCGAAAAGAAACUCGUGCGGAAAAUCGAUUUUAGAGCCCUGCCUAUUCUAAUUGUGCUCUUCUUGCUCAACGUGCUCGAUCGAAAUGCCAUCGCUAAUGCACGCCUCGGGGGUCUGGAGGCGACACUGGGCAUCGACGAUGUGCAGUAUCAAACCGCUGUGAUGGUAUUGUGGGCUGGUUACAUCUCCAUGAUGAUACCGUCGAACAUGCUUCUCUCCAUCUUCAAGCCCAGGCUGUAUCUGCCAACAGUGGUCAUCAUUUGGGGUGUCGUAUCUGGUGCCACAGGCUUUGUGCAAAACCACGCUGGAUUGGUUGCGCUCAGGUUCCUGGUCGGUGUAACGGAAGCGCCGUACUUUCCUGGGUGCAUAUUCUUUCUCUCAUGCUGGUAUACACGAAAAGAGCUACCAAGCCGCAUUGCUACUUUUUACUCUGGAUAUACCCUCUCUUCAGCCUUUGGUGGGUUGAUUGCAGCAGGUAUUGUCGAUGGCAUGGAAGGCCUUGGUGGCUAUCCGAGUUGGCGCUGGAUCUUCAUCUUGGAAGGAGCUCUGACGAUCAUCAUGGCUUUCGCUGGGUACGCUCUUCUGCCGAACUACCCUUCGAACACGCCCUUCUUGUCACCAGAAGAGACGGCGAUGGCACAAUGGCGACUCAAUCGCGAAAACGAUGGUGUAGCAGAUGAAGUGAACGAAUCCGUAUUCGUUGGGCUCAAGCAGGCGUUCUCCGACCCGAAAGUGCCGCUCCUUGUCUUCAUUCAGACAUGCGCCGUCGUAUCGAUGAGCUUCACCUACUUCUUCCCCUCUAUCGUGCAGACACUCGGCUUUCCCCGCGUGGAGACACUUCUGCUCACUGCACCCCCCUACUUCCUGGCAUUCAUUUUCUCCGUCUUGAACUCGUGGCACUCUGGGCGCUCAGGCGAACAUUGCUUCCACAUCGUGGCCGCAUGCGUUAUCUCCGCGGUCGGUCAGAUCAUCUCCAUGUCAACACAUCAAACCGGACCUCGUUACUUUGCCAUGUUUCUGCAGGCUAUGGGGUCUUUCUCCGCCUUUCAACUCAUUCUGCCAUGGGUCUCGGCAACAGUCGCACGGCCAAAGGCGAAGAGAGCGGUCACACUUGCACUGGCAACUGCUGUGUCGAAUGCGACAAACAUCGCUACCGCUUACUUGUACCCUGCAUGGAGCGCACCUCUCUAUCGUAUGGGCUGCAUUGUAUUGACAGUAGCACUCCUUUGCUGCGCAACUGCGUCACUGGUGUUGCGUUUCUGGCUGCAGAAGCUGAACCGGAGGUCGGAUCAGGUUGUGGGCCUGGAGGGUAUUGCCAAUGGGCCCGGUCUCCUUUUCCGCUACACUCUGUAA